GUGGCGCAACCGACCCGGACCGGACCCGAUGUCGCUGGUCGCCUACGACGCCUCUUCCGAUGAGGAAGACGCCGGCGAGCCUCCCGCCGCCGCGGCGCCCUCCCCUGCACCCGUAGCCUCCUCCAUCGGGCCGCAGCCCAGGCCUCCGUCUCCUUCGACCGCGUUGGGUGCCGCUCCUCAGCCUACCCCGCCGCUGCCGCCGCCUGCACCCAGCCAGAACAUAGCACCCAUUAGUUCGAGUAAUGUCUCCCUGCCCACACCAUCAUUAGACCUACCAGAUGUUGCAGAUCUCUUUGCUCCCCCUACAGAGAAUGCAUCAAGGAAGAGAGAAUCAAAUGGAUCCGCGCUUCAUGACUCACGCAGUAAAUUUCCAAGGACGCAACCACAACCCCAAGUUGUAAGAAGUGCUGCAGGGAACGCUCUAAUUCCUCCGCAGCUUCGUGGAAGGAGCAACGUUGUUACUGAAGAUAUGAGCAAACUGUUUGUGGCUAAACGAAAAGAGUAGCAUAUUUUAACACUCUGCAAACCUGAACCUCUGUUUGGAUUUCAUCGGCACAUGUACUGGUCCCCAUAGCCCCAUGGAUGCGUGGGCAUGAUCCAAGGAUGUUGCUUAAUCCUAGAGAAGAAGUUGCUAAUGGUACUGCAACCUAGAUUCCCAGACCACAGUGGGUUGUUGUCAGAUUCGGACGAUCGGUUGGUGCUAGUGCUCACUUGCAUCUGCGGCGCAACGAUGCUACAUGCCUGAUGUUGGAUGCAUGUAACUCUGUUAUGACAAACUAGAUGCUGUCACCCUGGUAGGAGUUAGGACUAGAUGCAACUCUUGGUGAGAUUGUGUAUUCUGCCCUGUUCCAGUGCCCGGUUAGCCUUGUUUUGAAACAUGCGUGCAUUAUCCACUGUGCUCUAGUUUGGGUUUUGAGAUCACUGAGUACUUGAGUUGAUAAAGCUUUUAUGCGAGGAAGGAAUGUUGCAAACUA